UUUUUUGCUGCUCUCUUUAACUUGUUUUAUUUUUAUUGUGACGGGUUUUUUCCUUCGUUAACGUUUACCAAGGGGAAAUGUAUUAGAAUGUGUACAAAGCGUUGUGAUCUAAAUGUGUUUUGAAAUAAGAAUUAACAACCAUUGUAUUCUACGAUGAAACCCUCAACAGUUAUUAGCAAUUUGACCUUAAAAAGUUUUUUUUAAAGAAAUGGUUUGAUAAAGUGUAAUACUAAAUCAAUUCCGUUUCCUUUUAGAAAAAUUUAGUAAAGUGUUUACACCAGUGCGAAUAUUAAGUGUGCAGCUGAACACUUCUUUCUGGGGGAGCAAAACAAAAAAAAACGAAAAGAAUUCCAACUGUAAAGUGUACAGCGUACUUGUGCGUGUCUUCGGUUCGGGAACGGGUGUGUAAAGUGUAUUGAAUUCUCGAAUGUCAUCGGCAAGCAUGAGCUGAAUCGUUCGUAGCAAACCGUGUACUGCGAGUGCCCAGGUAUGGUGUGUGUGUGCGUGCAACGAUGUUACGUGUGUUUGUGUGAAUAAGUUGGUGUUGGUGUGAAAAAAAAAGGAUGGGUAAAAGUGGCCAUCCCGCGUUACCAUCCUGCCGCCGCACCCAGAGACAGUGGUGAGUGGAAAAUCAAAGUAAUGCCCAUAAACAGGUCGCGCCAAGCAGAUGCAAUGUGUAAUUGUGACGUGAGUGUGUGCUAGGUGCGAUAAACGUGUUUGAGGAAGGUCGGUCCAAGCGUGAUAUGUGUUGGUGGCAUUCAGUUGGAAAAAGGGGGUGAUCACUUUCUAAGGUUGUGUUUUCUUCCUUUUGUGUUUCUUCUUUUUGUUGCUGUUGUGUUGUUUGCCAUCCUGCUCCCACCCGUCGUUACAUUGUCAUCUUGCUUACUCGUUGUUAGUGAAAGGUUGUUUGUUCCGGUUCGAAGUGCCGAAGAAUGUUUGGCGGGAUGAGUGCACGUUUCCCGUGCGAUGGCCCGGUUGCAGUACCCGCACCCGAUGGCGGUAACGUGUGGUGAACGGGAUAAUCUAUUAAGUGGAUUUAUUAUGGUUUAAAUAAAGGAUUAUUAAGGAAAAGCGACUCGACGUCGACGGCGCCACUGUGUGCGUGUGUGUGAAGGGGAGAAACCAUACAGACCAAAGGUGAAAGCGAUAGAGCCGAAGGAGUGAACGAAACAAACAAUUCCCAUACUGCGAAAGGAGAUCUCGAGAAACGCAAGCGGGCAAAAACCUGGACAAGAAACUCAACAAAGAUGAUAAUGAAAGCAAUACACUACUCGCUGCUGGCAGCACUGGCCCUAAAGCUGUUGGGUGUGUGUUAUGGUUGCAAAAUUUCAGAAUAUCCGUGCAAAGGUGGAGCCAGCUGCGUGCCGCUGGAUAAAUACUGUGAUGGACGUGACGAUUGUGGGGAUGGCAGUGAUGAACCGAAGAUGUGUACAGUGUGCAACCGGACGUACUACGGUGAUAUAGGGCGAACGUACACACUCACGGUGCCGCCACCGCAGUGGAACCGGCUGCCAUUUCUCUGCCAUCUUACGUUUACCGCUUCCGGUCACGAACAGGGUGACAUCGUGCAGAUCAUCUUCGACAAAUUUACCGUCGGCCGGUUCGACGAAGGUCUCAUCGAUCCGGACAUGGAUUCGAGCGAUGCAAGCCUUACUAGCGGUGGCGAUUUGCCAGGAUGUCCCGAAGGAUUCAUGCAGCUCAGCGAACUGGGACGUCCAUUCACCGGUGGAUCCUGGUGCGGGAAGGCUUCCGGUCAUCAGCUGUACUUCAGCGAAACAUCUACGGUGACAGCAUCUGUCAAGGUCUUUCAUGCACCGAUGCAGGCAGGCACGCCGUUCGAAUUUCGCAUCCGGUACAAAUUCAUAAGUCAAUCAGAGGCUAUUGUCAGGUAUGGUGCACCAAGCGAAUUGCUAGAACUGGGACGUGUCACUCCAGGGACUUACUGUACGCGACAGUACGACGAAUGCUACCGGAAAAAGUGUCGUCUCCAGAGUCCGAACUAUCCAGGAAUGUAUCCACGCAAUGUCACCUGCUAUUGGACCAUCCGGCAGAAGGUGGUACCGACCUGCAAGCAUGCCAUGGUAGCAAUUAGCCAAGAAAAUGAACAUAAAGCUCUUGUCAAACGAUCCAUUGCCAGCUUGAACAAAACCUCACGAGCGGUACGUGCCUGGUCGGACUGUACGGGAGAGCGGGACCAUCUGAUCUUUUACGACGGCAGCAGCACCAACGAUCCGGUACUGGCAAAGUACUGCGGCGGAGAUUGGUUGCCACGUGUUGUUUCGCGUGGUCCAGAAAUGCUGAUCGCCUUCCAUUCCAGCCCGUUCUCCGCUCCACUUCAGUCCGGCCAAUCGAACCGUGGUUUCGAACUGGACGUCGACAUCCUGUUUGCCGAUUCCGACUCGUACGACUUUGCACAGGGCAGCAAGUGUGAGUUUCACAUCAAUGCCUCCAAUCCAGAUGAGGUGCUAUUGUCGCGCCGUGGCAGGAUGGGCCAUUUGCUCAGUCCGCGCCAUACGCUCGCACCCAACACGACCUGCACGUACUACUUUCACGGCAUGCCGACGGAUUUGAUUUGGAUUUCGUUCACUCACUAUCAUCUGCAAAUACUGCAGCCGAGCAGUAGCGGGAGCGAUAAUUCCACCAUCGGACGGAGCGAAUCACCCUUGCCUUGGAUUACACGAACGCGCAUUUGGGACAGUGCGGGUACAUUCGUUCCGGUGCGUACUACAUCUCCCGCAAGCAUUCUGUCCUCGCCGGGAGGUCCUUCAACUACGGCGUACGGUUCGACGGUUGGGAGUGGAGCAGGUGGCGGAGGAGGUCCUCCGGGUGGUUCAUCGUUGCUACCCGGUCUUACCACUACGACGGCUAUUUACCAGCAGCUGAUGAAUCGAACCGUAAACAGCUACUACACCGGUGUCAAUCAGAAUGGCAAGAGUCUCAAGAUUAAUGUGGACAACGUGUGGAACCCGGUGGAUCAGUACAUUUACGGGCCCACGGUGAACAGUAUCUUCAACCAACCGCCACCAACAGCUCCGAGUGAGGGCGGACGUGGUCGGGGCACCGGUUAUGGAUCAUCCGGACAGGAUAAAUACUCCAAGCACAAGAGCAAAUCCGACAUCGGUACGGGCAAUUACGUACAGUCGGUACGCCACGGUAAAGACUCAUCCGGUGGUUUCGGUUACGAUCUUACCAAAGAUCAUGGCCGGAAGGACAGACAAUCUUCGAAAACACCGUACGGUUCACGCCGAUUGAUGGCGGAAUUCUUUGACAAUGAAGCGCCGAAGUUGUGCGACCACAUGACGCUCGAAAGCAAGGGCCAUCGGAUGCGACCGUGUACCCCGUUGGAAAGCUACGUUAGCACGGGACGAGAUUUGAAAAUUGAAUUCCACACCAUGACCGGUACGUCACUGUUUCCUUCGAGCUUUGGCAUUAACUACGAGUUUGUCGACACGGAGCUGGGAGGUGACCCGUACCUGGGCGAUCAGAAAAAACCACGCGAUCCGCAGGAAGAUCUUACACAGGCAGCCGAUCCGUCACUUCCCAUACUUUGUUCGCGCCUGUUCCGCAAGCGGAAAGGAGAUUUCCAAUCGCCACGGAACGUGUUUCUGCAUGGUCGCGGUGGAGCAAAGAACAUUUCCUGUCUGUACCGGUUCGAGGCAUCCGUCGGUGAAAGGGUUCGGGUUGAGUUGUUCAACGUUUCGUUCGGUGAGUUUGCGACCUGCGUUACUGAGAGCGAUGGACAUACGGGACGUGCCCGGUGCAGUCCGUCCGAAACCGAACCGGACAGCCGGAUCGGUGAGCUUCGCAUCUACGACGUACCGUACCCGGACGCGCGCAUCCCGUUGGGUUGCUUCUGUGACAAUACGAGCAGCACCUACAACGCACCACUCACGUUCAUCUCGAACUCACGCACGCUGGAAUUGACGUUCGUCGUAACGCGGCUUAACAUUUCCGAGGACUUUGCGGACGUUUACUUCCAUGCGGCGUACGACUUUAUACGGGUGCCGGAGUGCCGUCGGCGGUUGCGGUUGCGCGGUUCGGGCGGUGAGGAUGAGAUGAACUUUCCGCUUCGUUCACACGAGGCCAGCUGUGACGGAUUGCCGUGGUAUAUCGAGGCACAGCAGCAGGAUCGAAGUUUGUUUGUACGCACCUGGGGAAGCUUCCUGCCGGUCGAACCGACGGCGGAUGAUUUUUCCAAGUGUAACACUCGGAACCGGCUGAUCGUGUACAGUGGUGUGCCGCUGAAGGUGAUGCGUGUCAUCUGUCCUUCGCCACCGUCCAGCCGGUCCGCUGCGUUGCACAUCUUCAGCGAGGAUUGGCUAAGCAAUCAGCCGUUUCUGACGUUUGAUAGACCUGUGAGUAUGGUGCUGGAACCGAUACACAAGGAACCGGGCAGUAUAGGGUUUUCGUGGCUGGAAAUUCAACGGACGAAAGCGUCACUCAUCCAGCAGCUCGAUCUACAGUCAAACUUCACCACCAACGAUACGUUGGUAGAGUUUGGCCUUUAUCCACGUGAGACGGAGUGCGAAUAUCGGUGUCCAGAGCUGGACGCUUGCAUCGGUAGUGCUCUUUGGUGUGAUGGUCGUCCCAACUGUCCGUCCGGGUACGACGAAAGUGAGCAGGAGUGUGGCAGCCGACUAAUCGAGCUGCCCGGCGGUAUAUAUGCCGCGUUCGGGUGCGUUGCUGCGGCCAUCUCCGCCUGUCUCAUCUUCUGCCUGCUGGUGAUGGUGAAGAAGCGGCGCAAGGCGAACGAAAAACUCAAACCGACGGUCGGUACUGGUGCCGCCUCCCUCAACGGUACACUGUCGAAGAAGGACUACAAGAAGGAACCACUGUUCUUCGAUCCGGACUCCUGACACGGGUUGCAACCGGUCGAGUACAUUCACGUCGACCGGGAAACGACCGUGUGACAUGCUGUCUACCUGGAUAUGGAUGAUCUGGCGUACUGCUAGAUUCGCUUACCACGAAUCACGUUCCUUCCACAACCAACCGGAACCAUUUUCCUGUCCCAUUCCUGUUUCUUCCUAUCUUUUCCUCCAUCCUUUAUAUUUUUUUUCUCUUCCUCUACAACUCUCUGUUUUCCAUCCUAUUUCCCACUUUCAAACCCAGUGAAAUGAGUGAGCGAUCAUACAACCUCCCCCGCCCCCCAUACAGCGUAAAAGCAACACGGUAAGCGACAUUGCUAGCGUGUCAAGCAACAUCUGACCGAGCAGCGCAACGAAGUCAUCCACCAUCCAGGUGGCGAUGCCAAUUCGGAAACAAAAACAAGAGAAAAACCAGGGUAAACAAAUCUCCCUCCCGCAUACACAGCAUACUCGAUCGAAUGUACUCGAUCAUCUAGGUUAAUCUAAUGGACAAAGUAUUACCCGGUGGAAAAUGGAUGAUCUUUUCUCCCCUUUUACAGCCACUUGAACACUGGGCAAUUCUGCUUCGUUUUCAAGGCGCAGAAUAGAGUGAACGGGAAAGAAAAAAAUGUGCCGUUUUGGGCCUGUUACCCGACCCCUCAAAGGGCAGAUUUAUUUGGCCAAAUUGCUAGGUCGUUGAAUGUAUUCUACCGCUACGUGACGCUACCGAUCGAUUCCGAACGUUAAGUGGUAGUAAAGCAAAAACAAAAGGUGGAAGAUGAAAAAAUCGUAGCACAAAACACUGUUUCCUAGUAAAAAAAAAACAAAAAACCAAAAAAGUAUAUUUAAACUAUCUAGUUGAAGAAAUGUAGCAGCACGUAAAACAAAACACACUAGAAGCACAAACAAACAAACUAAACCAUACAUAAAAAAGAAAGAAUGAAUCAGAAAUGUGAAGCAUAAUGGGAAGAGAUGAUACGGAAAUUCACCAGCACACGAACCCAACGGGUGAAAACCAAAACAAAAACACAUGCGCCUCGGGUAAGUUCUCUAAGUGUAGCAUACUUUCUAGUUCAUGUUUCAGAUUCUGAUAUCGCUCUUAUCGCUCGUACGGUGGUACCGAUACACCAGGAUCGGGCCGGGAGGACAUACGCACUGUCUUCGAAUUUUAAAUGAUAGAUACAAGCAUAGCUAACCCAUUGCAUAGUGAGAAUGGGAGAUAGCUUACAUAAGUGGAAUACUCCCGAUGCUGGGAGUGAGGAAGUCGCAUGUUGAUACCACUAAGUGGGAAAAAAGUUUGAAACACACAAGCGAGAAGCGGAACGUUACUUUGUUACACCGACUUUGUUCGUAUAUUAGUGAACAGGUUUUCAUAUAGUGUAUAUGUGUGUGAGUGAUUUUGUUUUUAGCACAAUAUAAUUAAACAUUUUUGUAUUUGGUUCUUUUGUCGCAAAACAUUUGAAAUGAAUCACAUCGAUACAGAACCAAUGGUAGAUGAAUUAUUUCUUUAUAGUCAAAUUAAUAGUAUUUUAUUGAUUUUUUUUCUAAUCAUAUCUAAAUUGUUUCCAUGAAGUGAUCUUUUACAUUCAUAAUUUUAGGAAUAGAUAAGUAAAAAUAAUUGCCAAAUUGUCUACUGUCACACUGUCAAAAUGUUACCGAAACUAGAAAAGUUUGAACUAACUGUAUUGUUUUCAUGGGAAAUGUGUUUCGCACUGUUUUCCAAAAACUUCACUGCCACAAACUAAGUUAAAACUAUUCAUACAUUUUUCAUUGUUUCCUUCAAAAUAUUUUUUCCAUUAGAAAAUUAUAGAAAAAAAAUUGAAAGAUGUAGAGAAAAUUUCUUUACACAAAAUAAUUCAAUUUCACGAUCACGUUUUCGGUUAUGGAUAAAGUAAAAAACGAAACACUGCAAAACUUUCAUACGUACAAACGUACAAUUUGCUCGCUCUUGCAUUUAGCACUUACUGUAAUGAACAAUCGAUGAGAAAGCUGAGAAUAUAUUUUGUCUUACCGCGCACCGCGUUACCGAACUACGACGGCUAAUUGGAGGUGGUGACCGAAAUACAAAACUGUUCAAAUGAAGCAGUGUAACGUCACGAGAAAAAUAAACGGAAUCAAAACAUAGCAAAAGGAUACACAGGAAGUAACUAUGGAAAUAAGAUAGAUGAGAAUACAGUAUAACCAGCAUAACAUAAACAAUUUCGAACUUAGUACAGAUGGUAGAAACAAGUGCACCGUACUAAAAACGACAAACAGCAGCGAAAUCUCUCAUUAAACACACACACACACACAAAGAAACAGAUGUACACUAAAUGUGUAAUACUUUAGGCCUUUUGGUGCACGAUCCGUUACUGCUGAUACGUUUAUGUUUGAACGUUUCGUUGUUAAAAAUGUAUCCCAUUUUGCAAGGACGAGCAUUGAAAAAUUUCUUAAAUGCAAAACAAACCAAAAAAACACACACAACAUCACUUCCACUUUCUCGACUGUUCACUGUUUCUCUUUCUCUGUUUCUUUUCAUUUUCCCUUCAUCACUUUUUCUCACUCUUGAGUCAAUGCUUCAACAUUCGAAUUGAUCCUUUUUUCUCCCACUUGUAAAAUAGCUAUUACCAGCUAAAAGCGUGUUAUCGUAUUUGUUUUGUUAAUUUCUACAAUUAUAUUAAUCGUACAUAAGUGUAAUGUAAACUAGUGUAGUGUAGGUAUAAAUAUUGUACGCACAUUCCUGCUUCAGGAAUCGUUUCUGUGCACUGUCAAAACUAUAAAAAACGAAUGAUAAUACCGAGCUGUAACAGCGUGUGUGUGUGAACGAGUGAAGGAAUGCAUGCGCAACUGGAUCGAAUGCAAAUGAAUUAGUGUGACCGGGGGAGUGGGAAAAAAGAAACCAAAAUGAAUGUUUGAAUGUUUUCUUAUGCGAAAUGUUAUAUAGAGCAAUUUAGAAAACAGUAUACAUCCAACGUAAAGGCUAAAUUUAAUUAACCGAUGAACCGAUCAUUAAGCGAUAAGCAAAAACGGCCCCAAAAUACGACUAACGAAGUGAGAAAUGGAGAAAGAGAAAUAUGUGAAAAGUGAACGAAAAGUCAGGAAAACGUUGUACGAGACACUAAAAAAGGAAAAACGGUAAACACUACACACUACGACAAUGCAGUCUAACUAAUAUAACCCAACCAAACACAGGAAGUCGAUGAAAGCGGCAACCGAAUCGAUAACUUUCGUGCACUAUUUGUAAAACCACAAGACAGAAGAACAAAAAGCAAACAAGUGAAAAGGAUAAUUUAAAAAAGGAAAAAAACAAAAAUGAAACGUACUAGCAUUGCAACAACAAGCAAAUCCAGAACAGUCCAUUGGAAGAAGCUUCCAGCUCGGAUCUCCUGUGUAAAUGUAUAUGUGUAUGUGUGUCAUUAAUUUGUCUAAGCCUUAUCUUGUCUUAAGAUUUGGAGUGGCACAACUUUUACACAAAGCAACACCAUGGGAAAGGAAGAGAUCCUGUGUACGAAGUAAUAGUUUGCAAAACAGCAAAAAAAAACGCUCAAUUGAAUGGAACACACAUUCGCAGCAAAUGCACAUUUAAACCAAAGCAAAAACCCGAUAUUAUGUAAUUGAAAGAUUUGAAGGUGCGUAGAUAAGAUGCACAACAACAACAAAAGAAAUAGAAAAAAGAAGAUCCUUACUAGUCGAUACAAGAGUAAAUAAGUAAAAAACAAAAAAAGCAAAAUGAAAUGAUAAAACACAAAACACAGAACAGAAAACAUAACAAAGCUCCAACUGUUGGAAUUUGUUUAGGUGUAAAUAUAGGUACUUGGUAAGUGGGUGGUUCAAGUCAACCAAA